AGCCAGCGCGUCUCUCCCAGAGAGCCUCGGCCGCCAGCGCCCGCUCCGUGUGCGCCCGCCCGGCCGUGGGGGAUCGGGGCUGACCGUCCUGCCCGGGGGGCGCAGACCGGACCCCCCGGCCUGAGCACGGGGGCGGGGGGCCGAUCCCGGACGGACCAUGUGGCCCGUCUCCUGCCUGCUGCUGGCAGUGCUGGUGGGCGCGACACUUGCACAGGAGCUGGAGGAACCUGAUACCUACACGGAAUGCACAGAUGGAUACCAGUGGGACUCAGACACACAGCACUGCAAAGACGUGAACGAGUGUGAGACCAUCCCCGAGGCCUGCAAGGGGGAGAUGAAAUGCAUCAAUCACUAUGGGGGGUACCUGUGCCUGCCGCGCUCAGCCUCCGUCAUCAAUGAUGUGCACUCGGAGAAUGCUGCGCCCCCCAGUGCCCCUCGACCCCGACCUCCCCGACCCUCACUCACCGCCUCCCGCCACAACGCCUGCCCCCAGGGCUACGAGCCUGACGGGCAUGGCUCCUGCCUGGACGUGGACGAGUGCGAGUACGAGCUGCACGACUGCCAGCCCAGCCAGGAGUGCAUCAACACAGCCGGCGCCUUCCACUGCAAGUGCCCUGACGGCUACCGCAAGAUUGGCUCCGAGUGUGUGGACAUCGACGAGUGCCGGUACCGAUACUGCCAGCAUCGCUGUGUCAACUCCCCAGGCUCCUUCUCCUGCCAGUGUGAGCCAGGCUUCCAGCUGGCCAGCAACAACCGCUCCUGCGUGGAUGUGAAUGAGUGUGAGAUGGGGGCACCGUGCGGGCAGCGCUGUUUCAACACCUACGGCACCUUCAUCUGCCGCUGCAACCAGGGCUAUGAGCUCGACCGCGACGGGUUCACCUGCAAUGAUAUCGAUGAGUGCAGCUACUCCAGCUACCUGUGCCAGUUCCAGUGCAUCAAUGAGCCAGGGAGAUUCUCCUGCGACUGCCCCCAGGGCUACCAGCUCCUGGGCACCCGCCUCUGCCAAGACAUUAACGAGUGUGAGACGGGCGCCCACCAAUGCACCGAGGCCCAAAGCUGCAUCAAUUUCCAUGGGGGCUAUCGCUGCGUGGAGAAGAACCGCUGCCUGGAGCCCUAUGUGCAGGUGUCUGACAACCGCUGUUUGUGCCCUACCACGAACCCUCUGUGCCGGGAGCAGCCCUCAUCCAUCGUGCACCGUUACAUGAGCAUCACAGCUGACCGGACCGUUCCUUCUGACGUCUUCCAGAUCCAGGCCACCAGUGUCUACCCUGGAGCCUACAAUGCCUUCCAGAUCCGCUCUGGCAAUGAGCAGGGGGAGUUCUACAUCCGGCAAAUCAAUAACAUCAGCGCGAUGCUGGUUCUGGCCAGGCCUGUCACAGGGCCCCGGGAAUAUGUGCUGGACCUGGAGAUGGUGACUAUGAACUCACUCAUGAGCUACCGCUCCAGCUCGGUGCUGCGUCUCACCAUCUUCGUGGGAGCCUAUUCUUUCUAGUGCCCCAGCCUGGGUUGGCACCGGUCCAAAGGAGACAGCGCAGCCAGACCCAGCUCUGGAGAGAUAUCAGUGGGGUACGGGACCCCAGCUGCCACACUGGAAACUGACAUGCAGCUGGACCCAAAUCUCCCAUCCCUCCAGCCUGCCCUGGGCUCUGCCCCUCCCUGGCUGGAGACCCCCGAGCUGGGCUCCUGCGCAGACCAGAGGUGUGAUUUUGGCCAACUGUUCCACUGUCUGGUUUGAAAAAAGGAAAAUUUCAGUAAAAGCCCCAAGACCAAA